AUGGUCCAGGGGUUUGCACAUGUGCUGCUCUUCCGUCUGACCCUGUCUGGACACCAGUCACCAGUGCCGGACAUUCGUCUUGACCUUGUCAUGGACCCCCAGUCUGGACCACGUCCUCGACCCUCUCUGACCCUGUCUGACCCUGUAGACCCUGCUCUGACCCUGUCUGACCCAUUGACCCUGUCUGCCCUGUCUGACCCAGUCUGGACCUUGUCUGACCUAUGUCUGACCCAGUCCCUGACCCAGUUGACCAAGUCGGGACCCAGUCUGACCCUGUCUACCCUGUCUGACUACAGUCGACCCACUGACCCCACUUUGUUGACCACUGUGAUGCCCCAGCUGGACCCUGUCUGGACCCAGUCUGACCCAGUCUGA